AUGUCUUCCAUAGUGACAAGCAUCUUGAGCUCAACCGUAGGCUUGCUGUGGAACAAGGCUCGUGAUUCGACUGCUGCUAUACUUCAAGGCGGCGAAGUUCCAGAUGAAAACAUUCGAGAGAUUGUCGUGAGCGAGUUAAACGACAUCAAGACGAACCUUCAUGGUCUCUUGCGCAACAAAGACCUGCUUAGCAGCUACAAGUUCCUACAAGAAGGAGUAGAUUUACUCAAUGUUUCGCUGAAUAAAUUGAAGCUCGGACAGUCUAGGAUCUUAAACGAAGCCUUAGAGCUUUCUCGCGCCAUGGGAAAGUUGAAAAUCAAUUCGAAUAAAGAGUUUGAAUCCACUAAAGAACGAUUCAAAGACGCCCAUAAGACAGCGACAGUAGAUAACCCCCCCCAUAUACUGUCGGAAGUAAUUAGUAUUCAAGCGAAUGUAUAUAUGACGUCAUCAGGAGAGUACGUCUAG